GACGCCUUUGACGUCAUCAGAAGCGACCCUCUCUUCAUUUGACACAAGCGCCCGCUACGUAACCUGCGUCUGUUUAUCAUACAAAUGGAUUAUUGAAUGAAACAAGCUUCGACACUACUAAUCCAGCUCCACCAUGAACGUCAGAACAUGCGUCGCUCUUCUGCAGCUCUCCAGAACAGGGCUCCCACGCCACACAGCCACAGUGUCUCUGUGCAGAAACCGACCCUUGAGUUUCAUAACGGAACCGUCACCCUUUCUGUCACGUGCACCUUGCAGUCGCUCUUACUGCAGUAACACCAAGGUACGCUCCUACCUGCAGUACAUGAAACGGAAGGUCAUACCUGGCCCGAGUCCUCCGUACAGCCAUGUGUGCCAGGUCGGGGACCCAGUGCUGCGUUCAAAUGCAGCUGCUGUUGACCCUUCUGCUGUAACAGGCCCUGAGAUCCAGAAGGUCAUCAGCACUUUAGUGAAGGUAAUGCGAAAACUGGAGUGUGUGGGACUGAGUGCGCCUCAGAUUGGGGUGCCGCUCCGCAUCCUGGCCCUGCAAUAUCCCCAGAAGAUGUUGGAGGAGAGUUCACCUGCAACAAGGGAGGCCUGCGGCCUGUCUGUCCAGCCCCUUAGGAUCUUUGUGAAUCCCCAGCUAAGAGUGCUGGAUGGCCGGACAGUGCUCUUUCAGGAGGGCUGUGAAAGCAUCUCAGGGUUUUCAGCCACAGUUCCUCGCUACCUGUCUGUACAGGUGUCUGGUCUGAACGAAAAGGGUGAAGCAGCAACGUGGCAGGCCAGUGGCUGGUCAGCUCGCAUCCUCCAGCAUGAGAUGGACCAUUUGGAUGGGGUCCUUUACAUCGACCGCAUGGACAGCAAGACCUUCAUCAACAGGAACUGGCAGACGUACAAUGAAUAGACUACAGACAGGAGAGAGCUGUUGGUUUUAAAGUUCACUGUGACCAUGGACCCACCACUGCACUGCAGCUAUAUGAUUAAAAACAACAAAAAGCCUUUCAGGUUGAACUGCACAGACAAUGUUUGAUGAACAAUCGGGUCAUUAUAAAAAUCCAUGAUGAUGCUAUCACCUUGUCCAAAAAUGUUUAAAUGCUGUUAAUACAUUAACAGAAUGAAUAAUUUGUAAACAAUAAAAAAAAAAUCAUUAAAAUUUGCACAAAUUAAAAUUUAUGUUCAUUCAUAUAUUUGAGCAAAAAGAUGUACAAAUGUAAUAAGAAUAGUUACCAGAGAGUGAAACUUUGACACCUCUACAAAUACUAAUCUCUGGACGUUAAAUGUGAUUUCUUCAAAGAAGGUGAAGAAUUUAAGGCUGCUCAAAAAAGCAGCUUUAAGUUCCCUUUACAAGCAGUCAUUUACUGUAUAAACUGUGUUCAAUGCUCAACUUUCGUGUGUAAUUAACAUUUAAUUAUAUAACCACUAAGAAAUAAUAAGAAGAAAUGCUUAUCAAAUAGUGAAUCAUCUGCUUCAUGAUUCUUGUUAACAAGUUUCCUGUUCAAUGACAAUAAUCAUAUAAGAACAACAUAUU